UCCACCUAAGGAGUUCCAAAAUCGGAGUGGGGCCCAAAAUGGUGGGCCCCACUCCGAUUUCAAUUAAAAUGAGCUCAGCAGCUUCCCCUGAUGCUACCAUUGCUUUUUUUUUCAUUUCUAAAAAGUGGCCCGUAAGGUAGCAAAAAGUGGGUAUGUGUGUGAAGGUGUGUAUCGUCCAGCCUUUUUGUACCGGAAGUCAGGAUAUACACUUCCCGCGAAAUCGAAUACACACCGCGGGAAUCUGAAACCUUUGGCCAAUGAAAUUACUGCACUGUACAAUCAGCCGCGAAUGUAAGGAAAACUGCGGAAAUUGCACAAGAAGAAGAAGUAGACGAAGAAGAAGACUUCAAGGAUAGAAGAUUGAAGACAGAAGAAGACGGAGUGGUUGGACAUCUGAAUAUUUUUACAAAUACCGACCUCUUCAUGCAACAGAACCAUUAUGUCCACAAGGAGGAGGAGGAAAAAGCCUAUAGACGAUGCAAAGACAUACAUUCUGUCUUGCACUGACAAGGAUGGGUUUAUGCCGAGAUUCAUUGACCGUUACAAAGGAAGAGGAGUGUUUGCCACACAACCCAUUGAACCCGGGGACUUCGUGUUGGAGUACAGGGGUAAACUCCUCACACAGGAGGAAUGCAAGUCAAGAAAAUACUCAGAGAUUGAAAGCACAUUUCUCUUUGACUUUCAGUGGCAGAAUCAUCACUUAUGCCUGGAUGCAUCUGAAGAAGAUUUAUCUCUCGGAAGAUUGGUCAAUGACAACCACCAAAAUCCAAAUUGCGUUAUGAAAAAAAUCAUAGUUGACAACAAACCACAUUUGUGCCUUUUUUCUCUGAAGAAAAUAGAAAUAGGAGAUGAAAUUGAUUACAACUAUGGUGAUUCAAAAUGGCCUUGGCGCUGUAAGUUGAAAAAAACCCAAGCUCCAGCCGCAGCAGAAGAGAAUGAGACUAGCCCUGUUCCUCAGAUGCUGAAUGAUAGACCUAACCCAGAUCAGACCUGCACACAGGUGAAAGGCCUUCAGACUCCUGCUGCAGCAGAAGAGAAUGAGACCAGCCCUGUUCCUCAGAUGCUUAACGAUAGACCUAACCCAGAUCAGACCUGCACACAGGUGAAAGGCCUUCAGACUCCUGCUGCAGCAGAAGAGAAUGAGACCAGCCCUGUUCCUCAGAUGCUUAACGAUAGACCUAACCCAGAUCAGACCUGCACACAGGUAUUUACUGUCCAAGGAUUUUCACUGGUUGAUUAUCCAGAUAGUGAUGAAACUGAUGAGGAUGGUAUGGAAAACGAACCUCCCACCCCACACCUGGAUGUUAUUAUAGGGCAGAAUGAUAUUGGCCCAGAUGUUUCAGAUCAUUUGUACGAUUCAGAUGAAACUGUUGUGAAAGAAACUUGUGAUGAGGCUUCUCCAAGCAACCAUUCCAACAAUCAAUCGGAUGAUGAACUUGUUCCACCACUGAGACGCACAAAAAGCAUUCUGAUGGAUAGAGUACAAGAUUUUACCCACAGUCUCUAUGAUUCAAGUAGUGACAGCGCAGAGGAGACUCCUUUUAAGUCUGAAAGGGAUUCACAGAAACUGAGAAGAAGGUCUUGCCGUCCCAUUCAGAUAAAUCUCAUGGAAUCGGAUGACUCAAUCUCAGGUAGCGAAGAUGAGUAUAUUCCAAAUCCCAUGGAUGAAAGCACAGAAAGUGAUAGCAGUAUGGAAUUAACCCUGGAAAAGGAAAAAAAGAACAAAGGUGCAUCAUCCAGUCAGAGCAAGUUUAAGCCCAGAGAGAGUGGAAGUAGAUCCUCCAGAGAGAGUGGAAGCGAGUCCUCCAGACAGAGCAAGUCUAAGCCCAGGGAGAGUGGAAGUGGAAGCAAGUCCUCCAGACAGAGCAAGUCUAAGCCCAGGGAGAGUGGAAGUGGAAGCAAGUCCUCCAGACAGAGCAAGUCUAAGCCCAGGGAGAGUGGAAGUGGAAGCGAGUCCUCCGGUCAGAGCAAGUCUAAGCCCAGGGAGAGUGGAAGUAGAUCCUCCAGAGAGAGUGGAAGCGAGUCCUCCGGUCAGAGCAAGUCUAAGCCCAGGGAGAGUGGAAGUAGAUCCUCCAGAGAGAGUGGAAGCGAGUCCUCCGGUCAGAGCAAGUCUAAGCCCAGGGAGAGUGGAAGUGGAAGCGAGUCCUCCAGACAGAGCAAGUCUAAGCCCAGGGAGAGUGGAAGUGGAAGCGAGUCCUCCAGACAGAGCAAGUCUAAGCCCAGGGAGAGUAGAAGUGAAUCCUCUAGUCAUAGCCAAUUUGACUUUAGCCAGAGAAGACUUUUGGAAAGAUGUCAUGAUCCCGCACGAAGAUUUCCAAAUAGCAGAGUUGAUGGGAAUGAAAAGGAAAUCGCAACAUAUUCUGAAAACAAUGUUUCAGUGCCCCUGGAAGAAGAGCAGUAUAUCAUUGUCAGUCCAACUUUAAAGAAAGAUGAUGGAUCCAGAAGCUAUAACAAGAAACAUUUCUGUUUUUAUUGCAGGAAGUUUGUCCAGAAAAUGUCAAGACACUUGUGGCGUAAACACCAAGAUGAAUCGGAUGUUGCGAAAGCAUUCAGUUUUCCAAAAAACUCAAAGGAAAGAAAACUACAAUUGGACUACAUACGAAAUAAGGGAAACUUUGAGCACAACAGUCAUGUUUUGGAAACACAAAAAGGAAAACUAAUCCCAUGUAAACAACCGGGAAAAAAAUCAGAGGGACAUAAAUUUGCACAUUGCAUUCACUGCUAUGGGUUGUUCUCAAGAAGAGCAAUGUGGCGGCAUUUCAAGGUCUGCAGCUUCAAACCCGAAAGUACUAAACCAGGUAAAAAUAGAGUUCAGGCAUUGUGUGCUUUCGCUGAACCUUCUCCAUCGGAAUAUACAGACGCGUAUUGGAAGUUCUUGAGUGUAAUGAGUCAGGACAAGAUUGCAGUUGCAAUUAAAGGAGACAACUGCAUCCUCAAUUAUGGGUUCAGGUUGUUCAAAAAGAAUGAGAAGAUAGUGAGUCAACACCAGUAUAUACGCCAAAAACUGAGAGAACUUGGCAGGCUUUUAUUGGAAGCUAAAAAAAUCACACAUGUGAAGACCAUUCAAGAACUCAUCAAACCUGAACAGUACUCCCAGGUUGUCAGAGCUGCAAAGAACCUAUCUGGAUUCAGUGAGGAAAGUGGCAUAUACCAAUGUCCCUCUCUUGCACGCAAGGUAGGACACAGCCUGCAUUCGUUGGCUAUGUUUAUCAAGUCCGAAGGACUGAAAAAGAAAGAUAAAGAAACCAUAAAAGAUGCUGAGGAGUUCGCACAGUUGUAUUUAGAGAGUUGGAGGUUUGAUAUUGCAGGCCAGGCAUUAACCCAGCUUAACCGGGCCAAAUGGAAUGCACCGCAACUUUUACCUCUUACACAAGAUAUCCAAAGGCUACAUUGCUAUCUAGAAGAAAAACAGCAGCAACAUCUCAAAGAUUUAAAAGAACAUCAUUCAUCCACAAAUUGGAAGGAACUUGCAAAAGUAACACUGACUCAAGUUAUGCUUUUUAAUCGGCGGAGAGCAGGUGAAGUGUCCCGAAUGCGCCUGUCUGCAUACUUAUCGAAGGACACAUCAGAGGAACAGGGAGAUGUAAAUUUGGCCCUCACAGCGCUUGAGCAGAAGCUCUGCAGGCAUUUUGUGCGAAUAGCAAUUGUUGGAAAAAGAGGAAGGAAGGUUCCUGUUCUUCUAACCCCAUUAAUGAGAGAAUCACUUGAUGCUCUUACUGAGAGCAGAGAAGAAUGUGGGGUGCUAAAGGACAAUGAAUAUCUGUUUGCAUUGCCACAAUCUGCCCAUUACCUCAGGGCUUGUGACUGCAUUAGGCAAUUUGUCAGUGAAUGUGCUGACAUAAAAAAUCCUCAAGCGCUAACAUCAAUUCAACUGAGGAAACAUAUUGCUACCCUGUCUACUGUUCUGAACCUCAAAACCACUGAGCUCGACCAGUUGGCAGACUUCCUUGGUCAUAAUAUCGCUGUUCACAGGAAACACUACAGGCUCCCAGAAAGCACCCUCCAAUUAGCCAAAGUAAGUAAAGUCCUCCUGGCAAUGGAACAAGGACGCCUAGGAGAUUACAAAGGAAAGAGCCUCGAUGAAAUACAAGUCGAUGUGAAUGAGACCAUUGACAUGGAGGGACCUUUAGCAGAGGACAUUGAAGAUGUCAGUAUGCUAAGAGAUGAUGGGUCAGACGAUGAGGUCAGCAUGUCAUCCACGCAAGAAUGUACCUCCACAUCACAAAGUCAAAACCGGGGAGUGUCUGCAACCGAUGUCAGUAUGCCAAGAGAAGAGGGGUCAGAAGAUGAGGUCAGCAUGUCAUCCCUGCAAGAAUGUCCCUCCACAUCACAAGUCCAAAACCGGAGUGUGUCUGCAAAAAAGAGAGGAAAACAAACAGCCAUCAAAAGAAGCUGGACCCCAGACGAGUGUGCUGCAGUGGACACACAUUUGAGGAGAUUUAUUGUAAGGAAUCAAGUUCCUGGUAAAGAAGAGUGUCAGCGCUGUAUUACUGCAGAACCUCAAGCUCUCAGAAACAGAGACUGGAAAGCAGUUAAAUAUUAUGUUAAAAAUCGCAUUACAGCCCUGAGAAGAAAAGUCUAGUGUGAAAGCACCUAAUGGAACUGAGGUAAAACCAAAACAUUAGAGGUAGGAUCUUAAAAUGUUUUGUCUUUGGUUGUGUUCUGUUGUAACCUUGUUGUUGUUGUUGUUGUUGUUGUUGUUGUAGGGGUUUGCUCAGGUUUUAUGGCUGUCCAGUGGCCAACAAAUAUACACAUUUCACAGAUCUUAUUUAAUUUUAUUUUUUAUUUGAUGGAUGUAGGAUGGAUGUUCGAGAGAUGAAUGGAUGUAGGAUAGAUGAUUGAUGUUUGAUGGAUGUAGGGUAGAUG